UCCCUUCCGUGACAUUUCGCCUUUCAGGGUUCCUCGGCGCGUGUGUCAGGCUGCUGUUGUGUUGCUGAACGUUUUGUUACUAAUUACUGUUUUGCUGCUAAUUUCCGAGUGGUUAUCCUCCCUCCCUCAAUGGGCUGGUCCUUGCAGAGUCUGGCCUGAGGUGAAAUGAUGCUGAUAACUGAUACCACCUUGGGCAUUUGGCUUUUUCUUUUACUUUGUGAACAGGUUUGGGGUGGGGGGACAGCACAGAGCAGCUGAGGGGGCUCCCUGAAGAGCUGGCUGGGAUCUCGGGUGCUCCUCAGGUGCUUUCUGCCUGUAGGAAUGUCACACAGAAUUUUCCCCUGGAGAACAGAAGGGUGAAGGAAAGCUUGAGGAUGGCACAAAAAGCUGCCAUAAAGCAGCAGAAUGUGUGAGCUGCAAUGUAACCCAUGUUUUCAUGAGUACAGUACACUGCAAUUGUGAUUGCACGUUAUUUUUAUAUAAUUGUUUUCUGAGACAGCAGCCCAUUAGGAAAUAGUGGGUUCUGUAAUGGUGAUGACAGCUGUGUACCUGUACCACUAUCUUUAAUCAUGGAAUCAUAGAGUGGCUUGGGUUGGAGGGCUCCUUCAAGAUCAUCCAGUACAGUUUGACAUGAUUUUCCACUUUAUCAUGCAGGUGUGUGGGGUUUGGUUUUAUAUUUUCACAAACACUCCAGGAGCUGGAGUGAUUGAAGAAGUUUCCCGCUUGAUGCGCCAUUUUCUUUUUCUCGUUAAAAAAAGUGCUGUAAAGAGUCCUGCAGGCGUGUGUAAGUGAAAUUUCUCUCUCACCACCCUGAAGAAUACAUGAGGAACUUGUGCAAUGCCCAGUCCUGUGGCAGUUUUGGUGAGAGUGCUGUGUUUGCUGCAGGUGUGUGCCCGGAACGAUGGCGACAGAGUCCCCGCGCCGCCCCAGCCGCUGCACUGGAGGAGUGGUGGUUCGCCCUCAAGCUGCCACGGAACAGUCCUACAUGGAAAGUGUUGUUACCUUCCUCCAAGAUGUUGUGCCACAGGCCUACAGUGGAACCCCACCAGAAGAAAAAGAGAAAAUUGUCUGGGUCAGAUUUGAAAAUGCAGAUUUAAAUGAUACCUCCAGGAAUAUGGAAUUCCACGAGAUCCACAGCACUGGGAAUGAGCCCCCGCUGCUGCUGCUGCUGGGCUACAGCGAUGGGAUGCAAGUGUGGAGCAUUCCUAUCAGUGGGGAGGCUCAGGAGCUGUUCUCGGUGCGCCACGGGCCGGUUCGAGCUGCUCGGAUCCUUCCAGCUCCUCAGAUCAGUGCUCAGAAAUGUGAUAAUUUUGCUGAGAAGAGGCCUCUGCUUGGUGUGUGCAAAAGCAUUGGGUCUUCUGGCACCAGCCCACCUUACUGCUGUGUGGAUCUGUACUCCCUGAGAACAGGAGAGAUGGUCAAGUCCAUCCAGUUCAAAACUCCUAUUUAUGACCUGCAUUGCAAUAAAAGGAUCCUCGUUGUGGUCCUGCAGGAGAAAAUCGCCGCCUUUGACAGCUGCACUUUCACCAAAAAAUUCUUCGUCACCAGCUGCUAUCCUUGUCCAGGGCCAAACAUGAAUCCUAUUGCUCUUGGAAGCCGCUGGCUUGCUUAUGCAGAAAACAAGCUGAUCCGAUGCCAUCAGUCCCGUGGUGGAGCCUGUGGAGACAACAUUCAGUCUUACACUGCCACAGUCAUUAGUGCUGCCAAAACAAUAAAGACUGGGCUGACCAUGGUGGGGAAGGUGGUGACCCAGCUGACGGGGACGCUGCCGUCGGGAGCCACCGAGGAGGAAAUCCUGGCUCACAGCAACCUGCGCAGGAGUCCCCUGGUGCCCGGCAUUGUCACCAUCAUCGACACCGAGACGGUGGCAGAGGGACAGGUGCUGGUGAGUGAGGACUCGGACAGCGAUGGCAUCGUGGCCCAUUUCCCUGCCCAUGAGAAACCCAUUUGCUGCAUGGCCUUCAACCCCAGUGGGAUGUUGCUGGUCACCACUGACACAUUAGGCCACGAUUUCCAUGUUUUCCAAAUCCUGACACAUCCUUGGUCAUCAUCACAAAGUGCCGUCCAUCACUUGUACACACUUCACAGGGGAGAGACCGAAGCCAAAGUCCAGGAUAUCUCCUUCAGCCACGACUGCCGCUGGGUGGUGGUCAGCACGCUCCGAGGCACUUCCCACGUGUUCCCCAUCAACCCCUACGGAGGCCAGCCCUGUGUCAGGACCCACAUGUCCCCACGCGUGGUCAAUCGCAUGAGCCGCUUCCAGAAGAGCGCGGGGCUGGAGGAGAUCGAGCAGGAGCUGACGUCCAAGCAGGGCGGGCGCUGCAGCCCCGUGCCCGGCCUGUCCAGCAGCCCCUCUGGCUCACCUCUCCAUGGUAAAUUGAACAGCCAAGACACUUACAAUAACUUCACAAACAACAACCCUGGCAAUCCUCGGCUCCUGCCUCUCCCAAGUCUGACUGUGGUGUUGCCUCUUGCUCAGAUCAAGCAGCCAAUGACAUUAGGGACCAUCACCAAACGCACAGGACCUUACCUGUUUGGAGCAGGAUGUUUUUCCAUAAAAGCUCCUUGCAAAUCCAAACCAGCCCCACAGAUUUCACCCAGUAAGUCUGUGGGAGGGGAGUUUUGUGUCGCUGCAGUCUUUGGAGCUUCAAGGUCAUGGUUUGCAAACAAUUCUGGUCUCAAACGAGAAAAAGACCAGUCCAAGCAGUUUGUGGUGGAGUCCCUGUACAUCAUCAGCUGCUACGGGAGCCUGGUGGAGCACGUGCUGGAGCCGCGGCCGCUCAGCACCGCGCCCAAGAUCAGCGACGACACCCCCCUGGAGAUGGGCACCUGCCCCAGGGCCAGCUGGACUUUGGUCAGAACUCCUCAGUGGAAUGAGCUCCAACCACCAUUUAAUGCAAACCAUCCACUGCUCCUGGCUGCAGAUGCUGUGCAGUACUACCAGUAUCUUCUGGCUGGCUUGGUGCCUCCAGGGAGCCCUGGGCCCAUCACCCGGCACGAGUCCUACGACAGCCUGGCCUCCGACCACAGCGGGCAGGAGGAUGAGGAGUGGCUGUCCCAGGUGGAAAUUGUGACUCACACGGGGCCUCACCGACGCCUGUGGAUGGGCCCUCAGUUCCAGUUCAAAACCAUCCACCCCUCGGGCCAAACCACCGUCAUCUCCUCCAGCUCCUCCGUGCUGCAGUCCCAUGGGCCCAGCGACACCCCCCAGCCUCUCCUGGACUUUGACACGGAUGAUCUCGAUCUCAACAGCCUCAGGAUCCAGCCGGUGCGCUCCGAGCCCGUCAGCAUGCCCGGGUCCCCGCGGCCCGCGGCCGACCGGCGCGGCGUCUCCACGGUCAUCGAUGCUACUUCAGGUGCCUUCGACCGGAGCGUGACGCUGCUGGAGGUGUGUGGGAGCUGGCCCGAGAGCUUCGGUCUGCGCCACAUGUCCUCCAUGGAGCCCAGCGAGGAGGGGCUGCGCGAGCGCCUGGCCGACGCCAUGUGCGAGUCCCCCAGCAGGGACAUGGUGGGAUCAGGAACAGACACAGCCGGUGAAGUAGCAGUAAAAAACAUCACCACAAAGAGGCACAUGGCUUUGAAAUGUUUUGAGCUUCAGCGAGAGGGAAGCAUAGAAACGCUCAGUAACAGCUCGGGCUCCACCAGCGGCAGCAUCCCCCGCAACUUCGACGGCUACCGCUCCCCCCUGCCGACCAACGAGAACCAGCCCCUGAGCCUGUUCCCCACGGGAUUCCCCUAAAGCCGCCGCCCCUCGGGGACACACCCAGGAGGGGACACAUCCAGCCCGCCCCUGCGCCUGUUCCCCACGGGAUUCCCCUAAAGCCGGCGCCCAGCAGGGACACACCCAGCCAGGGGAAGGAGCCGCCUCUCCCCCCGUCAAUCCCGCUGUGUCUGUCACCUGCCGGCUCCCGGGAUGGUUCUCGUUGCCCCGAUGAAUAUUGAUGACUCUUAAACCUUCCUGAAGCAUCCUCAUGAAAUCUUGACUCUGUGUUCCUGUGCAAUACGAAGAGGCUCCAUCUUCAGUCCUGAGAGCUCUGCAGCUUCUUUUCUCGCUGUCUUCAGGAAGAGGUUGGGUGAGGAGAAAUACUCCUAAGCCAUCUUGGGUCAAGCACAAGGUUUCACGACUGUUCUCUGCUUUUUUCGUGCUGAGAGAUGAAUCUCUGUAAGUCAGAGGAGCUCUCACCAUUCGUGAAAGUGCCGAGCAUUAUUGGAUGAACUGGAGAGACUGGAAACUGGAGGACUUUCUGUGGACAGGGUUGAUGAUGUUAUUCCUUCCUCAUCAUGUCUCCUUGCUGCCCUUCUUCCCCUCUGAUACUCAGCAAUGCCAGGAGUAUUACCAAUGGAAAUGUUUCUUUUUGUUCUUUGGAAGAAUUCUCUCUCUCGCUCCAAUUUUCUUCUAGUCAUGUAUUUUAGAAAUGUACUUAAUUGACUAAUUGCAGUCACGGAUUUCUCAUAUUUGGUUAUAAAAGUUGUUCAUUGGAACUCAGAUUAUCUGUCCAGAAAUGCAUGUGUCAUUGAAUAAAUCUAAGUUAAACAAGAAA